AUGCCUGCCCCGAGGAAUAGAUGCAUUGAAUCUGUUGCUGAAUUUGUCAAACGCUACAAUCAACGUAAAAGGGACUGGGAAAAUCGUGUAAUUUCAGGGGUUCAAGUGGACCUAGGCAUUACAAAAGAGAAUCUUCGUAGGCUUGGUCAUUUGGGAAUACCAAAGGGUGUCAACAAAGAUAGUUUGAUUAAGCCGAGUGAAGACUGGUUGAAGGAACAUUCUGAGUUCCGUGAAGACUGGGAGAGCAUGAUAAAGAAUAUCCGUCGAGGACGAGAAAUCAUCGAGGCCAAGGCGCUUAGUGAUGCUUUUAUGAACGAUCCCAAUUCUGGAAUUAUACACGUCACCCAGCAUGAAAGACACAUGUAUCCAGGUGAAAUUAUAUAUGUUCUCGAGCCUACAUUAGGAAGCGGCCCUAGUCAACCAGUGCUUCCACCCAGUCGAGCUCAACAGAGUGUACAGCCGUCUCUUAACACUGCUGGAUUCUUAUCGGCAAAGCCAAAUCAGACUGCUGAUCUUCAAAAACACAGCAAACUCAACGACGAUGCCAUCAAUCCCAGUACAUCUUUCUUGAUGCCCUCUCAGACCCAUCCCGGCAACAGCAACCCAUUUUCAGCCACACCAGGUGUAAUUACAACAAUGUUUCAUGGUUGUAACAGCAGUAUAGAUGGAUGGAUCAAUCAAUGGCCAUGA